GAAAAUUUUGGUGGGGUAGGCAUGGGCGGAAAGGGGGUUUGGGCGGUUGGCUGAAUUUGCUCACCGAGAUCCAAUCAUGUCCGGCUUCCCUACUCCACAAUGUCCAGGCAAGGCUCUCCCCGGUUGCAGUAAGUGCAGCAACCACGCGUAUCGUGCGAGCUGCAGACCGAGGAACAAGAGCGACCCCAAAUUUUCGAGGCUUGGGAAAAAGGAUGAUUUUCCGGUCGUUGCGCUUCAAUUAAAUCAUUAACUCGAACUGGAAUGUGUCCAUGCUGUGAAUCUUGCCCCCGUAUCAUUCCCCCAUCAUGGAUCCUCUCUCGAUUACCUCGUCGACAAUCACGCUGAUACAGGCCGCCGGCGCCGUAUCUUCGGCUCUCUACGAAUUCGUCGCAACCUUUCGAAAUGCCGACACACGAGUGGCAUCCCUUUGCACCCAAUUGUCGAGACUCAUCAGAUUCCUUGAGGCCGUUGAUCGAACCCUCAGGAAAUGCCGUGGGCCACUCUCGCUAGCCUCAAUGGACGAGGAUUUAUGGCGGCAGAGUGCUCUCUCGUUGGAAGAUUGCAAAACAACACUGGAAGAAUUGAGCAUCUUCAUUAACCGAAUCAAGGCAGCAGCCAAAUCCCCGGGCUUGUUCAGAAGAGCGAGGGUGGCAAUGGACUUGACCAUGUACGCAGGAGACAUUACCGGCUUUGAGGAGAAGAUCCACAAGUCCAAUUGGGCUCUCCAGACCAUGCUGUCUGCUAUCCAAGUCUCACUCUCGCUGCGAGGAAAUGAAACUCAGGACAAGAUCCUCUAUGAACUUGGGAGAUUGAAGUCCUCUAUUGAGCAGUCUAUUCAAGCCUCCUUUCACCACAGCGAUGGCUUUUCUCACAUGCUGGAAGAUCCAUCCGAUGCUCGUGUUGCCUACAAUCUCCAAAAGCUGGCCCGAGCAGCACAGAAUUUCCACUCUAGCGCCAGCUCAACUGCCAGCACAAGGGAGUCCAGCAGUACAAUUUACGGUACCAAUGGAAAUUCGUUUUGGAACGUUCAAUUGGAUUCAGCUAUGAGCAUCAGGGGCGGCCCAAGCUUGACCCCCAACAAGAGACAGCAGAUUGACCAGUUCGUCAAGCAACAGCGGCGUAUGACACUGCGCCGACAGCGCAAGCCGCUCCAACACGUUCCAAGCUCUGCCGCGGCGUCUGUGGUCCGCCCGUGCACCCCGGAGCCAGCCCCAGCAGUCUCAUCCGAAGAGAGUCAGGAGACCGAGUCGAACAUGUCUGAGACGGCAGAUGACCAUGAUGAAGUCGACGAUGAAGCCGAGUUCCAAUCGUUUCUCUUGAGUGGACUUGAAGAGGUGGCGAAGGACAGCAUGCUCAACCAGGAGUUUGCCAAGGCCCAAGCCAUGCUGGAGGAAGCGAUUCAGAGACGGACGGGAUCGACCUCAGAAGACGCCGAGUUCAAGCAGCUUCAGAUCCAACUUGCAACUUGCUAUUUUUUUCAACACAAGUGGCAACUUGCCGAACCAUUGAUUGACAGCAUCGCCAAGUCGAAGGCCAAUUUCGACCCGGUUGUCUGCAAUCUCCUCCACGCAUUGGCGAUCGCCAAUGCAGUAGAAAAGCGCUUCGGGAAGGCUAUUACGGUGUGCAAGCAGGCACUCCAAGGAAAGAGAAGACUCAAACAGGACUUCGGGGACACUUCUGAAAAGGAAUGUAACGAGACUCUCGGGCUCCUGGCCACCAUUCAUGACCUCCAUGGUAAUCGCUUGGAUGCAGAGGCACUACGCCGGAAACUCUCCAACGGAUUCUCCUAUUAUCACCCCGAAAACGAAUUGGAAUUCAUUGUUAGCCAUCCGAAACUGUGCACGGAGGUGUUCGGAAAGAAGAUAAGCCUGGAUUGGAGACGGCCACAGAUAGCUGCAACAAAUAUCGGUGCCGUUGCUGAACUAAUGGCUGACCUUCCCAAAAACUCGUUUUUAAGUCCAAUCAAGGAAGACGACACCCCGAAGAACAGCAAGACAUCCAAAAAGCCACUACAGACUUUUCAUACGAAGCUAAGUCUGUACGAGAGGUUGAACAUGGACUCUGCGAAGGAGGUCGCCGUCUCAUCGUCUCUCCCUGCACUUACCUCCGAUGAGAACUCUGAAAAUUCUCCCGAUGAGACCCCUGCACCUCCCCCCGAUGAAAUUUUCAGUACAUGGUGGAGUGAUGCCAGCAGUGGAUCCUCAUUCCGGCCAGGGAUGUCACCCAAGCGGCCAUUUACACGGAGAAUUGCUCGAUUCUUCGGCACUCGGCGAGGACGAGCUACCAUGCCUGAAGACAAUUGGAGCACUUCCCCCUUUUCGGACAGUGAAGAUAUGUCAUCGCCUGCGCGACCCAAGUCUGCUAAAGGAUUUUGGACCAAGAGCGACAGUCAAAUUUUCAAGUUGAAGAAAUUAAACACAAGACUUCGGAAGAAAACCAGCGACGAGGCUGACAGCAAUUCUUUCUCUUUUUUGCGUGCAGUAGAUCGUCCUUGGCGCCAUGGCAUUGACGCAUCUCUUCGUUGGAGUUCCUCAUAUCGCCGCCCUUCAAACUAUCCCUAUUUUGAUGUGGAUGACUUGUCAGUGGAUGACUUGCAAUUGGAUUGCUUCCGCCAAACCAAUCAUUGGGUGCCCGCUUCCGAAAUCCUUCAAGAAUCGAUGAAACAGAGCCACCUUCCUCCGGCGGAACUUGAGGAUACCUCUAUGGUGAUGUUUUGGUCUUCACCGUUCAAAUCUGGUGAGAGAAGUUAUUCGAACCGUAAGAGCCAGCGAUUUCCGGGCUACUUUGACCUUCAAGCAGGCGCUAGACCUUUCGUCCCUCCCUCAGACUUUGCUUCGCCAGUAACCAGAUUAGCAAGCAGAAUGCCACUAGUUCCUCAAAGUCCCGGCGAUAGCCAAGUCCCGGUCGGCACCAAAAUCUCCCCCAGACGCCCAUCAGGACUGCUCUUCACAAAAGCGCUCCAUGAAGAAAUGACGCGCAUGGUCUCUUUCAGAAAACGCGCCGAUAAGCCCGUCCUGACCGGCGGUCCUGUGCGAAGUGAGAAACCUGAGUGGAAGACGAACACUUCUUCUCUUCGUGCAAGGGAGGAGAUUGACUUGAACUGUCCGCCCCUCGCCACUUCUAGAGUACCAAACUUGACAAUAGCCAUUCCGAGGUUUGGUGAAAGGUCAGAAGGUAUUCCGCUCGUAGCACAUCAUCCGGCAAAGCCACUUGUCCCUGCGACUCCCCAAAGCACGGGAUUUCGGCCUGAGAUAUUAUUCACGAGCACUAUGACCGCUGAUCCGAGGACACAUGCCAGGAAACAAGAUAUGGCCAAGGUGUUGAGUGGCUUCAAAGACAACAAUAUGGACGAAUUAGCAGUUAGGCAGAAGCAAGAUCGGGACUUUGAUGAGGCUAUGCGGAAGGAAGCCCAAGGUGAGUUCAACGGACGGGGCUAGUUUCAAAGUAUAUCCAUGCUGACGCUUGCAGGCUUGUCGGUCGGUAAAAGCGGUGGAAGGCAGGCGUGGGUCC